CUUUGUUUAUUAUUAAAAAUCAUCUUUAUUUACUUUGCAUUUAUAGUCAUGAGCGAACUCAUUCACAACCUAGUCAACCGGCUGGGCUUGUCAGACAAUCCAAAUAUCUUGCCAAAAGCAAUGCAAUACUUUGAGACCAUACGCAAGAGUGUCACAAACCCCAAACAAAAUUUUUCGACGCUCAGUCACCCAUCCAUAUCGAUCCACCUAGCAUGCGAGUCCCUCUCAUUUGAGUUCAAUAAGUGGGCCGCCAUUGGUAUGUCGGGCGUCGGCGAAAAGGCCUACGACGAGGCUAUGCACGAGGUGCGCGUUGCCUUGGGCCUGUUCAAACACAUCACUCUGGACGAGCUCAACGUCAAGUUCAACCCACCACCCGGCAUCAUAAAUGCCGCCUGCAGCUUGCUGGCCGAGUUUAAGUGUAAUAUCUCUGCCACAAUGUCCAUCUCUGCAAGCCGAAGUGUGAAUUGGGGCGAUUCGGUCUACAUCACUGCUGCGUUCUGUGUUGUGUACAAGCAUAUGAAGAAGCGCGGACCAUCCAGGGCAAAGCUAAUGGCGGUGGCAAAUACUAAGAAGACCAUGUUUGAUACUGCUGUUCAGAAGCUGGAGCAGUUUGGGAAGGUUACAUUGAGUCGGAUUUCUGCUGAAGGUUUUCGCGAAAUGGCAAAGCCACCAACAAAUAAAAGGGGCGUGGCGACUGUAGAGGGUCAACACGCAAACGACAUUGAUGACGAUGCCAAUGGGGUGCCCGCAAUACCAGCGGCGCCGCGUGGGCGAAAGCCCAAGGCGGCAGCGCCCCCGAAGGCCGCUCCGGCUGUUGCUCAGAUGGACGAGGUCGGCAGUAUUGUCGCACAGAAGCGCGGGCGCAGGGCUGCGGAGCCUGUUGUAGCACCGGCAACUGCGUCACGCCGGACUGCAAAAUCCCGCGCUGCACAUGCUCAGUCAGAGCCAGAGUCAGAUGCCCCGAGUACAGCAAAGCGACCAAGGCGCGGCCCGGCUCCAAAGUCCACAAAAUCCAUAGCCACUAAAGCUGCCGAAGCUGUCAAUAAGAAGGCUGCAUCCCAGGCUGCCAAGGUAAAUGAAUCGCGCCCGCGCAUUGGAAUCGUAUCGAUGAUCAAUGAUCGCGACUACCGUGAGACCCCGCAGUAUGCCAACUACUUGUCGUGGAAAUUGUCCAUGCUUGCUGCCCAAUGACUUUUGGUUUGUGAACCGAUGUUUAUAGAAAUAUACUACGAAAAUGUUGAAAAUGAAAAAUGAAAAAGAUU